AUGGACAACAAACAAGCACAACUCGUGGAACAGUACCAGGAAGCGAAGCUUCAGGGCGACUAUGUGGACGAUGACGAUCUUCUUGAGCUACUAGAUGAGGAUGACUCGGUGUUGCAACAGUACCGAGCAUCUCGGAUCCAACAGCUCAGUCAGGAGUUCAAGGCUAUCGACGACGCCCACUCCAGUGGAUCCGAUUUUGGAAGCGUACAACACUUCGACAACGAGAAGAAGUUGAUGGAAACCGUUGCUCGUACCGACUAUGCCAUCGUGCACUUCUACCAGCCGGGUUUUGCGAAGUGCAACAUCAUGAAUAAUAAGUUACUGUUGUUGGCAGAAAAACACUUGACGGUCAAAGUGUGUUCGAUCAAAGCCGAAGAGGCUCCGUUUUUGGUAAACAAAUUGAACGUAAAAGUACUCCCAUUUGUGGUAAUAUAUAAGUCUGGUAAGGAGUUAGACCGGCUUGUGGGGUUUGAAAGACUCGGAAACGAUCCAUCCAAUUUCAGCUACUCCAGCCUCGAAGCCAUGCUUUUGCGCUUGGGGGUUCUUCAGCGUAAGACCAUCAACUUUGCGUCCACAAACACUGGUUCCAAUACUCAUAAUGACGAUGACGAAGAAAGUGAUUUAGAUCUCUAA